AUGUCGGCCGCCAGCACCGAGACGAGUGCCCCGUUGCCCGCUGCCGGCAGCCGGGUGUUUUUCCAGCCUGCGCCCGGGGUUGGCUGCGCGGGGUCCGGCCCCAUAACCCGGGAUGACCCGGUCCAGAAGAAGCAGGGCAAAGUGACGGUAAAGUACGACAGGAAGGAGCUGCGGAAAAGACUCGUCCUGGAGGAGUGGAUCAUUGAGCAGCUCAGCGAGUUGUACGACUGCGAGGAGGAGGAGAUGCCAGAGGUUGAGAUAGACAUCGACGACUUGCUGGAGGUCAACAGUGAAGACGAGAGAGCCAGUAAACUGCAGGAAUCACUAAUAGACUGCUACAAACCAACAGAGGAUUUCAUCCGUGAGCUGCUGGGCAGAAUAAGGGGGAUGAGGAAACUCAGCGCACCAACUAAGAAAGGCCUAUAAUGGCUGUAGUUUCGACCCAUCGCCUCAACCAUACGUCAUUUAAACCAAACCAGCCCACACCGGUCAUAAUGGAGCAUCAUCAGAUUCCUGCAGAAUAACUUAGUCAAAACAUAACCUGCAUAAGGAAACAUUGUGCAACCUGCUUAUACUUAUUAAAAAAAAAAACACAUACACGGCGCUUGGCAUCAAUUUCGCUAUUACACAAAAAUGACAAGGUGUGAUAUCAUAGUCAGCUCCUGACAGGUAGAUAAGUAUAACUACGACAAUACCAACAUCUUUGCACACUACAACUAUAGCACAGUAUCAAGCACAGACGCGGCCACAAACACAACUGAUCAUCGCCGUGCUUCGACAUCUACACAACCCAGUUCCACCUUUUAGAGCCACGUUACAACCUUCAAGCCAAUGCUGUGUACCAAACAGCCACACAAAACAAAACAACGUAGUGACUCUCCUCAGAGGAAGGAGUGAAUAAUGUUUGUACCGAGUUUGACAUUACUUGUGACGCCAUGUUCACA